AUUUUAAGUUAUAUUUAUAUAUGCAUUUUCCAUUCCAAUAUCUUCCGAGAUGCUAUUUUCUCCUAAAAAAACAUUAUAUAAGUAAGACAUUCGAACCCGAGUAGGCUAAAGUUGAGUUGAAAUCAAAUUGGGUCCUCAGUUCUGUGCUCUCAAAAAAUUCUGUGCUAUCUAGCGAGGAAUUCAGCAAUCAGCCGCCGAUUUCAGGUUUAUAAUCGGCAUAACAUCGAAUAACGAUGGCGCUCAAGUUUCUGAACAAGAAAGGAUGGCAUACGGGCAGCCUCCGCAACAUCGAGAAUGUGUGGAAAGCCGAGCAAAAGCACGAAGCCGAGCAGAGAAAGCUCGAGGAACUCCGCAAGCAGAUCCACGAAGAGCGCGAGCGUGCCGAGUUCCGCCAGCUUCAGGAACAAGCUGGCCUUAUUUCGGGCCAGGAGCGUUUGGAAUUUCUAUACGAUUCUGGAUUAGCUGUGGGGAAGGGGUCUUCUGGAUUCAAGGCUCUUGAAUCAUUACCCAAGGCAGAACCGGGGGCCGCAGCAUCAUCUUCUACUUCUGCCAAGGAGCUGGAGCCACCCUCUCUGGGUGCUUUGUUUGAGGAUAAACCACAGUCAGCCAAUGAUGCGUGGAGGAAGCUUACUUUCGAUCCCCUGCUUUCUAUCCGUCGGAGUGAACAGGAAUCUCUUGCGCGCAUCAAGAAGAACCCUAUCCAGAUGGACAUGAUCCGCAAAUCAGUAGAAGCAAAGAAGAACAAAGACAAGGAUGAGAAGAAACACAGGAAAAAGCAUCACAAAAGGAAGUCCAAACACAAGAUGGAUUUGUCAUCCGAAAAUGACUCUGAGGAUGCCUCUUUGACAGUGGAAAAACACAGAGAGAGUCAUUACAAGAGCUCCAGAUCUGAAAAGCAUUCGAGUAAGAAAACUCAUACUUCUGAUGAUGAAUUGAGUGAAGGAGAUCGAAGAAGAAAGAAAUAUUAUGAUGAGUACAAAGAUCGGAGACCAAGUGACUCUGAGGAUGCCUCUUUGACAGUGGAAAAAGAAAGAGAGAGUCGCCACAGGGGAUCCAGGUCUGAAAAGCAUUCGAGUAAGAGAACCCAUACUUCUGAUGAUGGAUCAAGGGAAGGAGAUAGUAGAAGAAAGAAAUAUCAUGAUGAGUACGAAGAUCGGAGGCCAAGUGGCAGUCCUAAUCGCAAAAUUGAUGCCUCUUCGACAGUGGAAAGACACAGAGAGAGUCUCCACAAGGGCUCCAGAUCUGAAAAGCAUUUGAGUAAGAAAACACAUACUUCUGAUGAUGAAUUGAGUGAGGGAGAUAGUAGAAGAAAGAAACGUCAUGAGGAGUACAACAAUCAGAGGCCAAGUGGCAGUCCUAAUCGCAAAAACGACAGAGUUGAUGACGAAUAUAGAAGUAAGAAGAGAUAUUAUGAAUCCAAUAAGAAGGAAUGUUCUUCAGAACGGCUGCUUGAACCUCGUCAUGAGAAGAGAAGUUAUUCAAGCAACUCUGUUAAGCCCCCAAGGCAUGAGUCGAACAACAGGCACCGAAAUGCUACUAAACUAUCUGAAGAAGAGAGAGCUGCUAAGCUUAAGGAGAUGGAAAUGGAUGCUCAACGGCAUGAGGAACAAAGAUGGAAACGUCUAAAGACAGCAGCAGAUGCUGAAGCACAGGAAGCUAUUCUUGAUCGUGCAUCUUCUGGUAGAAACUUCCUGGAUGCUACUCAGAAAAGCGUUUAUGGAGCUGAGAAGGGAGGAAGCUCAACCAUUGAGGAGAGUGUGCGCCGCCGUACACAUUAUUCACAGCGGCAAUCCGACAGUGAGAGCAAUGCUUUCCGGAGGGCAUAAUUUGCCGACACAAAUCCAGAUUUUUUCUGGUAAAAUUUGUAACCAUAGAUACAGAAUUUAUUGUACCUGGUUGUUUGUAGUUCAGUGUGGUGUUCGCUUAAAUGUUUUCAGUUGAAUUGGAUUUAUUUGAUCUCAAGACAUUAAA